CGUCCUCGUCGUCGCCGUCGCCAGGUAUGACGGAGUUUUCUCAAUCGCUUCCGCUAGGUGAGCAAACACUGGACGAGCUGCUUGGACGGCAACUGCAUCCGGUGGCCUUUACAACGCCCAAGGGCUCACAAGUACUGCGUGUCGGUGGCAGGACAACCAGAGCAUCGCAAACGGCAGCAGCUGUCCGGGCACAGCAAGCGAACGAACCGAUCGAGAGUGAAGUGAUCGAGGAAUCUCCGACCGCAACCGUUGGUGGUGGUGGUGGUGCUGCUGCUGGCAACAAAAAGUGUCCAGCGACAGGCAACCUUACCGGUCGCAAAAGACUAAAACCGAGGGCGACACAAGGCCAAAGACAAACCCGGCAGACCAGUGGCAGGAAGGACGAGCCCCCCGGAACGGCCAACAACUAUACGGAUCUGUUCAAAAGUGAUUUGGAAAUCGAUACACAAACAAUCAACGGAAACACCGGUGGCAAUCGUUUGCUGAAGCGGCAACCACAAGCCGAAUCCAUUUCACCGAUCCCCGGAGACGACGAUGAAGGACCCUCACCCGAGAAGCAGCUCCGGAAGGAACAAGAGCUGGCACAGUUGUUCCAAAGUGAUACGUUCUCGAUUUGUGACUUUCAGGAGCAGAAGGUCGUACGGACCGAUACUCGAUCGCACGAACGCCACGAUAGCAGCCUCCGUACUUCCCUUUUUGAUGAAAGCGAGUUUUCGAUCGAACGGAGAAAAAGUGGACACCGGUCGGCUCAAGAUGGCAGUCCGCGGGAAGCCAGCCAGUUCGAGGUGUUCAGUGAAACCCUCUUCGACCGGGCCCUACUGUCCAGCGAGCAGCUGCUUGACGGGGAGGACGAUGAUGAUGAUGAUGAUCAUUUGCUGUUGUCUAGCGGUCUCGAGGAACCGCUACGUGUCGAUUCGGUGUUGGAUGGAACGAUUGCUACCGAUGUGCAGCUGAACGUAGAGAAUGUGACGUUCUCGCAACCGCUCGGUACGGUUGGCUUUGCUGGCCAGAAUACGAGCGAUGGUGUAGCUCAACCACAAGCCUGGCAGGAACCGGUGGACUUUUUCUCGAGAGAUGCCAUACGAAACAGUCUCCUAGAGCUGGAACGAUCCGGUCGUUCCGAUGGGAGCGGCUUUGACAGUGCCCUGUUUUCGGAGAGCCUGAGUGAUUCUCCGCGGACUCGGAAAGAAGUCCCGGUAAGGGACACAUCAAGGGUCGCUUCUCUGCAACCGCAACAACCUUCGCCCAAUAUGACCUUCGAUCAGACGAAGGAUCUGCGUCUGUUGUCCAACUGGGGCCUUCCGGAAUCGGUGCAGCGCCAGUACGCCAAGAAGGGCAUCGUGGAGCUAUUCCCUUGGCAAGUGGAGUGUCUUUCACGGAAAGAGGUACUCCUAGAAGGCCGCAAUCUCGUCUACAGUGCACCGACCUCGGCCGGUAAAACGCUCGUUAGUGAGUUUCUGCUUGCCAAAACCAUCGCCGAGCGCCAACGAAAGUGUCUGCUGAUACUGCCGUUCGUGGCGGUGGCCCGCGAGAAGACGCACUACCUGCAGCAGCUGCUAGGGCCCGGUGGUUGGCGUGUGGAAGGCUUCUACGGUGGUUCACACCCACCCGGGGGCUUCGAAUCGGUCGAUCUGGCCGUCUGUACUAUCGAGAAAGCCAACUCGAUCGUAAACCGUUUGUUGGAACAAUCGAACCUGACCACACUGGGGCUAGUGGCCGUCGAUGAGGUGCACCUGAUCGCUGAUCCCUCCCGGGGUUACAUCCUGGAGCUGCUGCUGACAAAGGUACGCUUUGUGGCACAACAAGCAAACGCCACCAUACAGAUAGUGUGCAUGUCGGCGACACUGCCAAACGUAGAACUGUUAGCCCGAUGGCUCGAUGCCGACCAUUACCACACGGAUUAUCGUCCGAUCGAGCUGAUAGAGAUGAUGAAGAUCGGUAAUACGGUGUACGGUGCUGCAGGUGCUGCGGAUCAGGUCGCAGCGAUACGGCGCCUCGACGGCACGCUGCUCGGUUGCCCGAUCACCAAAGAUCCGGAACAUGUGACCCAGCUUACGCUCGAAACCCUGCUCGAAGGUUGCUCCGUGAUUGUUUUCUGUCCCUCGAAGGACUGGUGCGAACAGUUGUCCCUCACUCUCGCGAGUACGUUGCACACACUAAAAAAGGAGGAUCCGGCCAGCACACACCAGGCACUACGGGAACGUUUGAACGAACAGCUAGACGGGACGAAGCAGGAAGAAGUGCUGCUGCAGCUACGCAACUGUCCGGCCGGGCUAGAUGCGGUGCUGGGAAAAACGAUCCGCUACGGUAUCGCAUUCCAUCAUGCUGGUUUGACCACCGACGAGCGAGACAUUGUCGAAGGAUCGUUCCGUGAUGGUGCGCUGCGCGUCAUCGUGGCCACCAGCACGCUCAGCAGUGGCGUCAAUCUACCUGCCCGGCGUGUAAUUGUCCGUACGCCCAAGUUCGGUGGCCGCCCCAUUAAUGCACUCACUUACAGGCAGAUGAUUGGCCGAGCAGGACGGAAAGGCCGCGAUACGCUCGGUGAAUCCGUGUUGAUCUGUACACCGGCGGAGGAGAAGAUUGGUCGUGAGCUGCUUGGUGCGAACGAACUACCACCUCUCCGGUCCUGUUUAGACGCGGAUAACUAUACUCACCUCAAGCGAGCCGUACUGGAGAUCAUCGCAUCGGGAACGGCCACAACUGCGCCCCUAUUAGAGGACUUUGUCAACGCAACGCUGUACAGCUGCGAUCGCUCGUACCGGUUCUCCGUUGGCGAGCAGCUGCUGGCCACUGUCACGACGACCAAGACAACGACGACGACGACGACGGGGAAGGAAACGAAGAACGAAUCGACUCAUAAAGCCACCCGUGACGAUCCGGUCGCCAGUUGUCUAGCCUUUCUGCUCGAAUACGAGUUCAUUCGGUUGCAGGAGACGGAGGAGCGCACGGUUCUUGCCGCCACACGGCUAGGACAUGCCUGUCUGGCAGCCUCUCUGCCACCGAAGGAUGGUUUUCUGCUGUUCAGCGAGUUGCAACGGGCACGCCAGUGUUUCGUGCUGGAAUCGGAGCUCCAUGCCGUCUACCUCGUGACGCCAUACUCCGUCGCAUACCAGUGGCAACAGAUCGGUUGGAUGGACUUUCUUGACCUGUGGGAACGGCUCCCGGCUUCGGCACGGCGUGUCGGUGAGCUGGUCGGUGUGCGAGAGUCCUUUAUGGUACGGGCGAUGCGAGGUACCGGAGUGCUAGAUCAACGUGCGCUUCAGAUUCACAAGCGCUUCUACACCGCGCUCGCUCUGCUCGAUCUGGUCAACGAGGUACCGCUGUGCACGGUCGCUAAGCGGUUCCGGUGUUGCCGGGGCCUUCUACAGAGCUUACAGCAAACGGCGGCCACGUUUGCCGGUAUCGUAGCAUCCUUCUGUGCCUCCCUUAACUGGACGCUCCUACACCUGAUCGUGGUGCAGUUCCGGGAGCGACUGUUCUUCGGUGUCGCCCACGAGCUACUGGAUCUGAUGCGCAUCCCCUCGCUGAAUGGUCAACGGGCACGACUGCUGUACGAUGCGGGGUUUCAGGGGUUGCUGCAACUGGCGAACGCGGACCGACACGCGAUCGAGACGGUCCUGCACAAUUGUGCCAGCUUUGAGACGGAACGGUUACGUGAAGGAGAACACGAGCAAGAGGCCGCCAAACGGAAGCAGCUUCGUAACCUUUUUCUUACGGGACAUGCCGGUAUGACCGUUCGGGAGGCAGCCCAUUUGCUAAUCCACGAAGCUCGCCAGUAUCUGGCACUUGAAACGGGUCUCGAGAACCCUAACUGGCACGUCGAAGCACCGGAAGCACUAGAAGAAGAGAAAAAGGAGAAUGAGCAGACUGAGGAGCGGACCGUUUCCUCCGACACGCUACCACCGACCGUACCUAACACACCCUCCUCGACCACACACCAUCAAACAUCAUCGUCGAGUGUCGUACUGUCACGUCUGGAUUCGAUCGGGCAAUCGUCGGAUCAGUUUAAAAACUCUCUUCUAAUGGGUCACCAGAUGGAGCUCCACGCAAACUCCUCGGGAUUGAAGGACGAAGCGACGGUGCCUUACAGCUCGCUACAGAUCGUCGAUGUGUGCGAGGAUCGUAGCACGUACAGUAACUUCAUUGAUCGCCUAGCCGAUUGGAACUGCAUCAGCUUGUCCCUUGCAGUGGCACCCAAUCUGCGCCCUUUGAAACCAGGCACCAAAAUCGGUGGCCAUCUAAUACGUAACGAUCGCGUCGUAACAAUGGACAAACCUGCCGAGCGACAACUAUACUCAGUGGAUAACGAUCGGUAUCUUGCUGGUCUGGCGAUCUACAAAACCGCAGACGCAGAGGACCCCACUGAACCGAUCGUGUACUACCUUGAUCUUCAAUCUGCUAGCGACAUACGAGAUGACGAAAAGCGUACACUGGUGCGUGAACUGCUCCGCAGGGAACACCUUACCGUUACGAUGCUUGAUGCGAAGGAGCAACUCCGGUUAAUGUUCGGUACCGGGUUGCUUAGGGCAACCGGAACCGGUGUCAACUCCUGGGAUGAUUUGCUCUGCUCGGUACAAGAUCCACGGGUCGCCUGUUGGUUGCUACAAAGGGCCGACGAACGAACGCUCUCGCUCGAGGCAAUGAUCGAGCGGCAUUGUCCCGAGUUAACGGGAACACCGAAACGAUUAGCCGGCCUCGAAUGGGGCAUUACACCGAAGGGAAUCGGUUACGGUUUACAUCAUCACAGUCCAAUUGCGGCAAGGCAGCGGGCCGCCACGGAGUCCGUCAUCGUAAGCCAUCUGAUGCGACCGGUUCGGAAACUGUUGCAACAGGUUGCCGGACUUGAGGCCUGCUUCCAGUCCCGCGAGAUGCCCGUUCAUGUGGUACUGGCACGUUCCGAGGUUGUCGGUUUUCCGGUCGAUCGUACAGCACUCGGUGCGCUGAUCGAGCGGCUUAAAGCGUCCCGGGAACGUAUCGCUACCGAUGCUCGCCUCCUGAACGGUGGCCGUAAGCUCGAUUUCGGUUCAUCGCGAGCGGUUGCUGCCGCUCUCCGGUUAGCGGCAUCUCGCGAACGCCCUCGUACGGUUCAACAGGUACUGGAGCGACUCGACAACCCGCUGGCCGCACUGGUCAUUGCGUACCGCAAGAUCGACAGCAAUCUCGCGCGCACGAUCGAACCCCUGUAUCGUACGAUUCAACUCUCGGCAGAGUCACGGGUUCACGGACGGAGCCACUGUUUCACCAGCACUGGUCGCAUCACGAUGCACGAACCGAACCUACAGACGGUAGUGAAGGACUUUACGGUACCGGCACCGUUGGCCGGUGGCAUGCGCGAGAGACGCACCACAGAUGAGGAGGAGCACUUUAGCUGUCGUAGCACUUUCGCCUGUAACGAUACCACGCGGGUGCUACUGUCGGCUGACUUUUGCCAGCUUGAGCUCUGCAUACUGACGCAUCUGUCCCAGGAUCGGCGCCUCCUGGCUGCCCUUGAUGGGUCCGCGGUGGCAGAUGGUGCCGGAAGCCGACGGAAGCCACAGGAUGUGUUCCGUUCAUUGGCGGCUCGUUGGCAUCAGCUCGGCGACGCAUCGGAGGUCAGUGAUGAGCUUCGUACGCGCACCAAAGCAAUCGUGUACGGCGUAAUCUACGGUAUGGGAGCCCGAGCGAUGGCGUCUGAGCUGCAGAUGGAGGAAGAAUCAGCCCGCUCGUUGAUGGAACAGUUCCACCGUUCCUACCCGGAUAUCCGACGCUACCAGGAGCGGGUGAUACGGUUGACACGCCAGCUCGGCUACAUCGAAACACUGACCGGUCGGAGACGUUAUCUGCCAGCGAUCGGCCAGGCAGCUACGGCUGAUCCGGCAGCGCGUGCCGAAGCAGAACGGCAGGCCGUUUGCACCACGAUCCAAGGUUCGGCAGCCGACAUCCUGAAGAACGCGAUCGUACGCAUGGAGCGGAAUCUGCGCAAGUAUGCCGAUGUGCUGGACGUCGGUGCGAUCCAGCUCGUGUUGCAUCUGCACGAUGAGCUCGUGUACGAGCUGCCCCGUGCCCAGCUCCCGAAGGUGGCCAAAAUUCUGCGCUCCAGUAUGGAGAAUUGCGCCAAGUUAAGUGUACCGCUACGCGUUAAGUUGAAGGCAGGCGACAGCUGGGGAACGAUGCGUGAGCUCAACAGCUGACCCGGUUCCUGUGCGGCACGGCGAGCGUGGGGCGAAACUUUGGUGAUCGCGAAAUAAAUUUAUCCAAGAAAAUUUCUUCUCUGUUAGUACGUUUCGGAUAAACGCUUUCCCAUGUCAUCCACUUCGAGAAUUAAGAAAUGGAAACAGCUGUUUUAAGGGGAGGGAUGAUAUUUUCUUUAUUUCAUCUCACAGGAUGAUCCUUGGUACACCUCCCUGGUGGCAUUAAAAGGCCAGUCCCACUCAACACUCAGUUUGACGCAUUUUUUAUAGCGGCCUUCACUGCGGCAUCUCUUUCUUCGGCUGUGGCUCCCGGCGGCAGGUUAUCAACCGCACGCUUGAUCGCUUGGGCCUUGGGGUCGGACAUCGUUGCUACUACGAACUUCCUUCGGCGACAACUAACUGUUAAAUCCGAAGUUGAUGCUGCUUGGCUGAUGCUUGGCUGGCGAUGCGAUGCGUAAGCACGGUCGAGCGAAAUUGAUAUCGAAUCCUUCAAUCGAGUGCCGUAUUUAUACCAGUGCGAGUGCCAUUUUUUUGUGUCACAUCUAGCGUAGCUUCGUUGAACCAACUUUGUUGCUUCGAAGGAAUUCGAUGGGAACGUUCCUCCGGAAGCCAGCUGCGUGA